CUCAACUCCAGUCUGACCCAGUGAGCUGCUUGUCCCAAACCAUAGCUUCUGAAGAGUAAGGUGUGCUGCUUUUCAGCUUACAGUUAUGGCUCUUGGACCACUUUUCAGAGUUUCCUGGAUUUGUCUGUUGCUGUGUGACUUCACUGUAGGAUUAGCAAUUGCAAGAGAUUAUGGAUAUCCAUAUUAUGAAGACCCAAGUUACAAACAACCUGGUUCUGGUUCAGCCACACCUCAACUAAACGCACAACGUGCUCCUGCGGUAGAGGGGCUUUUUAAUGGCGGCUCAACAGACUGGGGCCAGGAAAACCCACUUGAAUUUCCUUUAAACCUCAACUACCCUCCGAUUGCUCCUGCAAAUUCUCAGCAAAGCCCUAUCCAAAGUCCUUCUACAAAUGGUAUGCCUGCUUAUCCAGCUGUUGUGCUUACUCGUGAAGCCGCCUUGGAGCCUGCACCAUCUUCCACAUCCAAUGCUGUAAAGUUUCCAAGCGUUGAGUCGUGGAAGCCUAAGCCAGCAAGCAGUGGUUCUAGUUUGGCUAACCAGAACAUCAACCUUGGCUCCCGUGAAAGUGGAUCAAGGAACAUCCCUCAUCUUGUUUUUGAAGACUUCUUUCAAUAUCCAUCUGAGAAUAUUGACACUUCCAAUACUGCAGGAGGGUAUGGUCAAGCUGCGGGCCAGGGGACUUCAACAGGAUCUGCUCCACCACCAAAAGGGCCCUCAUUCCCCAAGAACCCAAGUUACCAACAACCUGGUUCUGGUUCAGCCACACCUCAACUAAACGCACAACGUGCUCCUGCGGUAGAGGGGCUUAUUAAUGGCGGCUCAACAGACUGGGGCCAGGAAAACCUUAAAAACCCACUUAAAUUUCCUUUAAGCCCCAACUACCCUCCGAUUGCUCCUGCAAAUUCUCAGCAAAGUCCUUCUACAAAUGGUAUGCCUGCUUAUCCAGCUGUUGUGUUUACUCGUGAAGCCGCCUUGGAGCCUGCACCAUCUUCCACAUCCAAUGUUGUAAAGUUUCCAAGCGUUGAGUCGUGGCAGCCUAAGCCAGCAAGCAGUGGUUCUAGUUUGGCUAACCAGAACAUCAACCUUGGCUCCCGUGAAAGUGGAUCAAGGAACAUCCCUCAUCUUGUUUUUGAAGACGUCUUUCAAUAUCCAUCUGAGAAUAUUGACACUUCCAAUACUGCAGGAGGGUAUGGUCAAGCUGCGGGCCAGGGGACUUCAACAGGAUCUGCUCCACCACCAAAAGGGCCCUCAUUCCCCAAAAACCCAAGUUACCAACAACCUGGUUCUGGUUCAGCCACACCUCAACUAAACGCACAACGUGCUCCUGCGGUAGAGGGGCUUAUUAAUGGCGGCUCAACAGACUGGGGCCAGGAAAACCUUAAAAACCCACUUAAAUUUCCUUUAAGCCCCAACUACCCUCCGAUUGCUCCUGCAAAUUCUCAGCAAAGUCCUUCUACAAAUGGUAUGCCUGCUUAUCCAGCUGUUGUGUUUACUCGUGAAGCCGCCUUGGAGCCUGCACCAUCUUCCACAUCCAAUGUUGUAAAGUUUCCAAGCGUUGAGUCGUGGCAGCCUAAGCCAGCAAGCAGUGGUUCUAGUUUGGCUAACCAGAACAUCAACCUUGGCUCCCGUGAAAGUGGAUCAAGGAACAUCCCUCAUCUUGUUUUUGAAGACGUCUUUCAAUAUCCAUCUGAGAAUAUUGACACUUCCAAUACUGCAGGAGGGUAUGGUCAAGCUGCGGGCCAGGGGACUUCAACAGGAUCUGCAACAGGAUCUGCUCCACCACCAAAAGGGCCCUCAUUCCCCAAGAACCCAGCAAAUGAAAGGGCCCAACCUGCAAAGCAAAAUUAUGGAAAGAUGCUAAAACCAGUUUCUAGCCCCAGAAAAGCGUUGGCUCCCCAGAGAGUGAGUGAACCAUUCGCUCAAAGCUAUAUAAGCCAGUCCAGAAACAGCUACCAGCGAGCACAGUAUCGACAAUCCAACACCAGCUACUCUCCAAGGACCAAAUGGUAACCAACAUGGAUUUUUGAAUUGGAAGUUGCAGAAUGUGAUGUCAUCCCGAAGAAACAAAAUAAAACUUUUUAAACUUUAAA